CAUUCUCUCUCUCUCCUCCCCCCGGUAGAUCCACAUUCUGCCUGUUAUAGGUUAACAUUUUCGACAUUAAAGUAAAAAAAGCUUUACCUUAGUCUUUUAACUCCACCACCACCACUACGCUUUCGCUCGGUCUCUUUCGCUCGGUCUCUUUCACCUCUCCCUCUCUCUCUUUCCCCCUUCUCUUUCGUCUAUUUCAGCCAAGUCAAACAGGGCAGGUUUUAACAUGACUUUUAGUCUUGUAGCUUAAUACUUCACCAUAGGACUCUAUUGGGACACACAGACUGCAGGGAAUUCAGGUCUAAUACAUGUGAGCAAUAGCAACACACAACAGUAAAACAAUAACAACAGAAACAUUUGUAGCCAGGACCUUCAACAUGGACUGGACCCAUCCGUUCAUCUGGCUGCUUUGUGUCUCUGUGUGUGAGUGUUGGCGGUUGGCCCGGUCCCUGCCAGCCCUACAUGGGGCGGUCCAGUCCCCCCAGUUCCCCCAGCCGUACCCUGCUGCCCUGUCACAACAGUGGGACCUCAGUGUACCUGAGGGCUACCAGCUCCAGCUCAGCUUCACUCAACUGGACAUCGAGCCUUCCGCCAACUGUUACUACGACUCACUCACGGUUAUAUAUGACAAGAAGGUCCUUGCAAAGUUCUGUGGUCAGGAGAAUUCUGCUGAUGGACAUCACCCAGGCAACCAGCCACUCUUGUCUCCAGGCAAUAGGCUCACCCUGGUCUUUCAGACAGACGACACGAACCCUGAGCCACACCAGCACCUUGGCUUCUCCGCCCACUAUCAGGCCAAAGACAUAGAUGAGUGUUCAGCUCCAGACCCUGAGGAUGGUUCUGGUCCACUCUGCUCCCAGUUCUGCCACAACACCCUGGGCUCCUACAUGUGCUCCUGUCGCCAUGGCUACGAGCUCCGCCCUGACCAGCGCACUUGUGUCUUGUCCUGUGGUGGGGGUAUAUAUGAUGAACCAGAGGGGACUCUGUCCAGCCCGGGGUACCCUGACCCGUCACCCCACGGCCUGGCCUGUCAGUACAUCAUCUCUGUGGAGCCUGGGUUCAUCGUCACCCUCAACUUCACUGACAGCUUCCACAUAGAGCACAUAGGCACCCAGAAUGUACCCAGCUGCCUCUACCACUGGCUACAGGUGUCCAUCCCAGACAAGGAACCCCAGAAGCUGUGUGGAGGGAAGAGUCCUGGACGAAUGCCCACUAACUCUCACACUGUCCAGCUAGACUACCACACUGACUGGGCUGGUCUGAGCCAGGGCUGGAGCCUCCACUACACUACUCAGAGGGUGCAGUGUGCUUCACCCAGUUAUGUCACCAAUGGAAGAGUCACCCCAAACUUUCCCCAGUACUAUUACAGAGACUACAUCCAAGUCCGCUGUGACUCUGGCUACAAACUAAUUAUGGAUGGCAGAGAGAUCAAGAGCUAUGCCUCCAUGUGUCAAAAUAAUGGAAAGUGGCACCUCUCCCUCCCUGAGUGCCACAUAAUUGACUGUGGGGAACCUGAAGCAUUGUUGAAUGGAGGGGUAAAGUUCAUAUCUGGCUCUCAGAACCAGUACCUCUCCGUCAUUCAGUACCACUGCAAUGAACCUUCCUACUCACUCCUUGGAGGAGCAACUGUGAGCUACACUUGUGCAGCAGAUAGAAAGUGGAGAGACAACCUUGAUACCCAUGUCAUUCCCUCAUGUAUCCCAGUCUGUGGCCAGCCCACGGUGCCCAUCUCAGGCUUUCAGAGGAUCAUGGGGGGAGACAAAGCCCCAGACAAAACCAUCCCCUGGCAGGUGAUGCUCAGUGUGGACGGAAGAAGAGGAGGGGCCAUUGUGAUCGGGGACCGCUGGAUCAUGACUGCAGCUCAUAACCUGGUGCAACAGGGCACACUUGUGCUAAAGGAGAAACUUCGGGUUUUUGUGGGAGACAAUGAUGCAGAAAAACUAGCAAAGCUCACCCCUCUUGGUGUUGCCUCUCUCCACCCCCACCCUGAAUACAAGAACCCAGAUAAUGCAAACUACAAUCAUGACAUCGCCCUGAUAAAACUCCAACAAUCAAUCACAUUCCACGAUGCCAUUAUGCCAUUGUGUCUGCCACCAGAGGGCGCUAUAUACACCAGUGGACAGACUGGUAUGGUGUCAGGCUUUGGCAUCGAUGAAAAAGACAUCAUUGCCAACGAGCUCAGGUAUAUACGCCUACCAGUAGUGGCUGAGGAUAAGUGCCAAGACUCUGUCAACAAAGCAAAAGCAGCAACGCCAACAAUGAUCCCUGUUCUGACAGACAACAUGUUCUGUGCCGGAGUACCUGAGGGGGGCAAGGACUCCUGUAUGGGGGACAGUGGAGGGGCGUAUGUCUUGAAGGAUGUUAGUACUGAACGUUUUUGGGCUGCAGGUAUUGUCAGUUGGGGUGUGGGUUGUGGUCAGAGUGGUAGAUAUGGAGUGUACACCCGUGUGGCUAAAUACAUUGGCUGGAUCAACAAAACCAUGGAGAACAAUAAGUAAAAUAUAUAGGUGAAGAUAACGAGGGAAAGAGAACAGAAAUACCGAAGUAUUUUUAAUCCAAGUCAUGCUUUAUGAAUCCAAAUAAAGCCCAAACGUUUAAUCUC